GUAGUUCAUACUUAAGAGAAUAAUUAAACCAAUCAUCUAUUACUUUCUCUCUUUAAUCCAUUUUAUUCUUUUCACAUUCUCAAGAAAAAGAAAGAAUUAAACUUUUGAUCAUUCAGUUUCUUAUUCAAUUCAUUGAUUGAUUAAUUUUCCACAUUCAUCACUCUGUAUAGUGUGAUUUACCCUUUUCCAUGGCUUCUUCUACAAUUCGUCCAUCGCUUUCUUCAUUCAACAAGUUACCCUCUUUCUCUUCACGUAACCUUUCUCAAAGACUCUCUCUUUUUCAUCUUCGUAGUGGUGUUAGACUACUGCCCCAUAAUUUUGGUCUUAAAGCAUCUAGGUUUUUGAGAAAUGAUAGUAGAUGUAUGAGAGUGAUGGCAUCAAGGAACAUGUCUCAAUCUGCUACACAGGAAAAUGCAUUAGAUUGGGUGAAGCAAGAUAAGAGAAGAAUGCUUCAUGUCGUAUAUCGUGUUGGAGACUUGGACAAGAGUAUAAAAUUUUAUACCGAGGGACUAGGAAUGAAGGUGCUCAGGAAGCGCGACAGGCCGGAGGAGAGAUAUAUGAAUGCCUUUCUUGGAUAUGGCCCUGAGGAUGCACACUUCUCUGUUGAACUAACAUACAAUUACGGGAUUGAAACGUAUGACAUUGGAACCGGAUUUGGCCAUUUUGGUAUUGCUAUGGAUGAUAUUUCAAGAGUUGUGGACAUUGUGAGAGCUAAAGGUGGCACAAUAACUAGAGAGCCCGGUCCAGUCAACGGAGGCAACUCAAAUAUUGCAGUUAUCGAAGACCCUGAUGGCUAUAAGUUUGAACUUUUGGAAAGGUCUCCCUGUCCCGAACCCCUGUGCAAAGUAAUGCUCCGUGUGGGUGAUCUCGAUCGAUCCAUAAAAUUCUAUGAGAAGGCUGUGGGUUUGGAGCUUCUUCGUAAACAAGACAAUCCAGAAUCCAAGUGUACCGUUGCAAUAAUGGGUUAUGGUCCAGAAGAAAAAAGUACUGUUCUGGAGUUAACUUCCGACUACGGAGUCACGACUUAUGAUAAAGGAGAUGCAUAUGCUCAGAUUACAAUAGGCACAGAUGAUGUGUACAAAACUGCAGAAGCAAUUAAACUUGCUGGAGGAAAGAUUACUCAUGCCGGACCAGUACCCGGUUACAAAACAAAAAUUACAUCAUGUGUGGAUCCCGAUGGUUGGAAAACGGUUUUUGUAGAUAAUCAUGAUUUUCGAAAGGACCUUGAGUAGUUUUAUGUGGUUCAUCACGACAAUCUUGUGAAGUAGUAGUGUUCUUUGUAGAAGCUCACAUCCAAUUUUUUGUAGAUGAUAGAAUAAUAAUUGCUACACAAAUUGACUCUUGUAGCAAAUUUAAUUAGAAAAAUUGACCCUUG